AUGGAGGCUUUUAACCAUGAAGAAUAUAUUUCCAGAGGAAGAUGCAAUACGUGGCCGUUGCAGCAGCAACCUCAUAUCAAUGGCGAAGUGUUCCAGAAUCCGAAGAACGAGAUGCAGAAGAAUGGGGGACGAAAAAAUCCGUGGGGAAACCGAAGCUACGCAGAAUUAAUAACUGAUGCGAUAUAUUCAUCACCCGAAGGUCGCAUGACUCUGGCACAGAUCUACGAAUGGAUUAUAUAUAAUGUACCUUAUUUUAAUCAAAGGACGGACAGUAAGUCUUCAGCUGGUUGGAAGAAUUCGGUAAGGCACAAUUUAUCUUUGCACAACCGUUUUAUGAAGAUGCAGAACGAAGUGCAAGCGAAGCCUUCUUGGUGGAUUAUUAAUCCGUCGGCUUCAAAUACGAAGACCAGAAGACGAACUGCUUCUGCAAGUAAUAGUUGUGAGGGUAUGAGACCGAAAGCGAAGUGCAGAAUCGAAUCGGAUCAGCUAAACAUACAACAAAUCAAGAACUUUUUGCAAUAUCCAUAUGGUUCUGAUUUCUCUCACAAUAUUUGCAGACAACAAGUUAAUAGUAUAAUACCUAUUAACCAUAGUUUUCAUCAUCAAUUAGCACCGAAUUCUAUUGAUCACCAUCAGCAAAUUUCAAAUACGGAAAAUAUUCAUCAGUAUUUUAGUAAUUUCAAUUUGAAUUCUCAAGAAAACGAACAUAAAACCAUCUUUGAUCAGGACCAGGAGCAGACUUUGCAAGAUAUCCAAGAGAUUAUCAAUAGGGAUCAGAAUACAUUUAAUGUAAAUGGUAGAUUGUGGUAUUGUGGAUGA